AUGCCUCUCAGCUUCGGCCGCUCCAUCUCCUUCCCUCUCACCCGGCACCAUCUCCAAGCCCGCCACGUCCGCUCCGUCAGCCUUCCCGGCACCACCUCCUCCCACCCGCUCCUCGCCAACCUCCGUGCCCACAUCACCGCCCUCCGCGCCUGGACACACACCGACUCGUCCUCCUCCCUCCACGCCGGCCUCGCUGCCAUGCACGCACUCCACGCCGCGCUUGCUGACGUCCUCCUCCUCCUGGAGUCUCGUCGGGCCACCACCUACGUCGGCGACCGCCUCCUCGACGCAUUCCUCCUCCUCGCCGACGCGCACCAGGGCUUCCAGGAAUGCGUCAUGUCGCUCAGGCACGUCACUGCCGAGUCCCGCGCCGCGCUCCGCAGAGGGGACACCGGCAGACUCGCGUCCGCCUCCAGGUCGCGGCGCAGGGCCGAGAAGGACCUCGCCCGCCUCACCGCCUCUGUUUCCGCCGUCUCUGCCAAGUGCUCGCGAUUGAACCUUCUCGCUGGUGCCGAGGAGGCCCAGAUGGCCGGCCUGCUCGUGGAGGCGGCCGCUUUGAGCGCCGCGGCGUCUGCAGCCGUCUUCUCGUCCGCCGCGUCCAUGUCGUCCCCUGCGUCUACUAGCAAGAAGAUAGCUAUGUUUAUUCCUGCGUUCACCACCAGGAAGUCCACCGCGCCGGCGACGGAGGAGGCGGCCGCGGAGAGGCUGCACGCGCGCGCUGGAGAAAUUCUCUGGUGGGCAGCAUUAUACUCCUUCCGUACUUUGUACUAA